GAGAGCUUCAAGAGAGAGAGAGAGAGAGAGAGGAUGGGGGAUUAUCACUAUAUCUACAAGGACUUGGACGGAGCCUCCACCCAGUGGGAUGAUAUUCAGGCAAAGCUCGGCAAUCUUCCGCCGAAGAAGCCGGCUUUUAAGCCCCCGGCCUUCACUCCCGCCGAGGACGAAGCCUCCGCUCCUAAAGACAAGUCUUGGAUCGAUAACAAGACCCAGCAGGACCUCCAGGAUCUCGAAGACGAUCCCGAUCUCGACGACGAUCGCUUCCUUGAGGAAUACAGGAGGAAGAGGCUGUCUGAAUUGAGAGAAGCGGCUAAGAUUGCAAGGUUUGGAUCAGUGGUUCCAAUUUCAGGAUCGGAUUUCGUGCGUGAGGUUUCUCAAGCUCCACCUGACGUUUGGGUGGUGGUGAUUCUCUACAAAGAAGGAAUUCCGGAGUGUGGAUUGUUGAUGCAGUGUCUGGAAGAUUUGGCAACCAAGUACCCAGCAACUAAAUUUGUGAAAAUAAUAUCCACAGACUGCAUUCCUAACUACCCAGAUCGUAAUCUUCCGACUCUUUUAGUGUACAACAGUGGUGCUGUUAAAGCCAAUCAUGUUGGGAUGCGCAGCUUUGGUCGGAGAUGCACACCUGAAGGUGUGGCUUUAGUUCUCUGCCAAUCAGAUCCUGUACUUAAUGAUGGGCAGAGUGCUAAUGAUCGUUCAAGGGAAGCUGUGAUCGAGGGAGUUCGCAAGAGGUUCAUAGAGAAAGUGGUGACACAACAUGAAGAUAAGGACGAUGGGUAUUCCAGUGAUUAGAACAUUAGUAACUGAAUCUGUUGUUCAAGGCUUUGGGUGUUCCCUUGUGUCAUUCGGGAUCGAAGUGUUAUUUCUUUGAUUGUCCAACAUGAAGAUGAUAAGGAAAGAUGUGGUAACUUUUUACGUUGGUGUCAAAGGUAGGCCUCUUUGAAAGAGUUCAGAUGAAUCAAAUGACUUAACAUUGUGAAAGUUUUGUUAUUCUCUUAUCAGGGUUUCUAUAAGAUUGUGAGUUCAGAUGAAUAAAAAAACUCCUGUUUCUGUA